GCAGAGGUGGGAGUUCGUGACCUGACCAAACGUCAAGGUGAAGUCCGCCGAUCAAAAGACGCGGCACGAAAGAAGGAGGUCGUCUCCAGCGAAAUAUAAACACAAACACUAAGAAAUGGCUCGUACCAAGCAGACCGCUCGUAAAUCCACGGGAGGAAAGGCACCCAGGAAGCAGCUGGCGACUAAAGCGGCCAGGAAAAGUGCGCCAUCUACUGGUGGGGUGAAGAAGCCUCAUAGAUACAGGCCUGGUACUGUUGCUCUGCGUGAGAUCCGUCGGUACCAGAAAUCCACCGAGCUGCUCAUCAGGAAGCUGCCCUUUCAGCGCCUUGUCAGGGAAAUAGCUCAAGACUUCAAGACAGAUCUGCGUUUUCAGAGUGCAGCGAUUGGUGCUCUCCAGGAAGCAAGCGAGGCAUACCUGGUCGGACUGUUCGAGGACACCAACCUGUGCGCCAUUCACGCAAAAAGAGUCACGAUCAUGCCCAAGGACAUCCAGCUGGCCAGGCGAAUUAGAGGAGAGCGUGCAUAAAUGCUCCGCUUUUUCUUUUUUAGUUGGGGAGGGUGGGUUGUUUGGGGAGGGGUGUUGAUCAGGGCUUUGUAAAUCUUAUUACCAGCAUGUGUGUGCCACAUGAUUUGUAGUUGAAAGCAUGUUUUUGUACUUCACUUUUCAUUUCCC